AUGCGCCUCGCGGUCAUCGCAAUGUCAGCUCUGGCCGCUGUCUUCGCUUUUAGCGACGCACUCCCCACAGUCGCCGGGGAUCCGAGAGCUGUCCUCGAGCCCAACGCCGCUGCCGUGGCCCGCGUGACGGAUGGCGCCUUCAACGAUGCAGAAGUGGAGAGGUUCUUGAGGGCCGCUCCGGACGGAGACGACUUGGUGCAGAAAGACGAGCUUUUUCCUGAGGAGAGGGGUCCUGGCACGACGCUCACUGAAAAAGUGGGGGGAGUUUUUAGUAGAUUGGGACAGAGGCCCGUUGUGCUCAAGGCCGCGGAAACUCAAAAGACGGCGAUGAAAGCGACCAUAACGGCCUGGGAACGGUUCAACAUGUGGCGCCAGAAGGCCGUCGAGAAGUUCACGACGACGUUGAAGUCGGCCUUUAAGAACACGCGCGACAACGUGAAGAUCACAGCCCUCAAAGAGAAGUUCUCGGCGUUUGUUAAGAAGAUGAAAACCAAGUUUUUCAGCUCGGUCAAGAGUACCCCAGAGGAAGCCGCUGCUAGACAAGCAACUGGGGCCGUGGAUGAUGCAGCCGCCCCAUCGCUGCUGACGCGUUUGGAUAGGUAUGGCGGAAAGGUCGUCGACGAAGCCACAGAUGCGUUAUCGAAGGCCGCGGGCAAACUGGCCAAUAACGACCAGUUUAAAGCGGUCAAGGGCGGAGUCGAUGGUAUCGUUGAGAAACUCAAUAACCUGAGGACCAAACUCAAGCAGAAACCCGCAGCAGCGGACGAUGCGGUUCCGGCCCAAUCGGCAUGGGCGACGUUCGAUGCGUGGCGUCCGGAUUUCCUCAAAACCGUCGAUCAAACGGUGAAAGGGGCUUUCCAGACAGUGAAGGGUAACAAGCAGGUCCAAGCACUCACGACCGGGGUUUCCGAUAUCGCUGACUCGAUCAAAAAAAUGAGCUCCACAAUGUUCAACAAAGCCGCGGCGGUGGAUGAAACCGCGGCCGGAGGUGCUGCUACGUUGAAGGCGCCUGAAAAACCUCUUCCCGAUGGUCCACUUGAAACACUUGGGACGCUUAAAGACACCAGGCCUAAGGUUGAGUAG